UCUCUCCGCUGCAGAGAUACGGGGUGCACUGGACAUGUUAGUGCUAUGGGCUUCGUCUUGCUGCUGCUCCUCCUGAUGUGUGGGUCAAUGUCAGCGUUCCAAGAUUGUGGAAGGAGCGUCAGGAGAUCCAGACAGCCCCGCGUCGGCGCCCUUGGACGCAUCAUCCACGGCAAGCAGAGUGUCAGAGGUGCGUGGCCGUGGCAGGUCUCUCUACAGUUGUUGCACCCCCAAUUCGGGUUUCUUGGUCACUGGUGUGGGGGUGUGUUGAUAUCCUCCGAAUGGUUGUUAACGGCGGCUCAUUGCGUCAACAACGACUUAUUUAACCUUCCUUUGGCUGCCCUUUGGACGGCCGUUUUGGGCGACUGGGACCGCGACGUGGAAGAAAAAUCCGAGCAGCGCAUUCCAGUCGAAGAAAUAAUCUUGCACGAACGAUUUCACAAUUUUCAACACGACAUUGCUCUAAUGAAACUCUCACGGCCAGUGAAAUUAGCAAGAGAUAGCCGCGUUCGAGCUGUUUGCUUGCCUCCCAGUCGAUUAGCAUAUAAUCAGACCGAUCUGUGUAUCGCCACCGGUUGGGGCCGGGAUGCCGAAGACGGCAUGCUUGCAGGAAAGCUGCUCGAAGCGAGAGUCCCUCUACAUGACAAUGCCGUCUGCCGGAAAAAGUACGGGCAUGCCGUGUCGAUCCGGUCGGGGCAUAUGUGCGCUGGGCAUUUGGACGGCUCGAGUGGCACCUGUGUUGGCGAUUCCGGGGGGCCGCUCCAGUGCGCCAUGAGGGACGGCAGGUGGAUGCUAGCAGGGAUCACGUCCUUUGGUUCCGGGUGCGCCAAACCUGGAUUUCCGGAUGUGUACACGCGACUGUCUUAUUAUCUGCCGUGGAUUCAAUCAAAAACGCGAUUGAAGCAACCUUGACUGACACUGACCUGAUCUCAGAUGUGAUAGUAAUUGUUCGUGAAAGUAACAAACUUGUAAAUAAAAUGUAUAUAAAAACUUUAUUACAAAAGAGUACAAACCGUUCUUUAAUAAAACGUUUUCACGCGUU